AUGUCAGAAGAUAAAACAAAUAAAAAUGAUAAUUCUUCAAAAAAGCAAUCCAAACUGUCAUUAUUUGCAAUACCUUCCAAUAAAAGUAGGAGAGGUAUAGAUGCUAUACAUGUAAAUUCAGCAAGAGAAAUGGUACAAUUACAUACACAAGGUAGAAAUCCUCAAUCAAUAAAGAAACUACCUACAACUAAUAAUAAUACCAACAAUAACAAUAAAAGCAAUUCAUCUUCACCUUCGUUCUCAUCAAUAUCUUCAUCAACUUUCCCCAAAAAAAUAAGUAUACCCAAUCAUCACGCUAAUCAAAAUGAAUGUAAAAAUCCUCAAUGUAAUCAUUGUGGUAAAAUAAUAAUACCAUCACCACAACUGUCAUUACCAAUACAAGAUAAACCAAGUAUUAAAAUAGAUAAUUGGGAAAUUUAUACAAUCAAGAAACCUAUAUUAAAUUCUUUUGAAAUUGAUUAUUUAAAUGAUACCAAGUUUAAUUUCCCAUUACCUGAAAUGAUUUUUGGUAAUAAUUUAGUUAAAAUUAGAUUCGUUGAUGACAAUAUAGAUACCAAUGAAAGUGAAACUGUAAUUAAAAAUGAUAAUGAAAACGAAAACGAAAAGGAAUUGGAGAAAGAAAAAGAAAUUGAAAAGGAGAUAGACAAUAGUGCAAUUAAAGAAAUUACGUUCAAUGCAAUUGAUGCAUUAGAUACUUUAGAUGAUGAUGUUCAUUUAAAAGUUAGUUAUCAUGAAGAAUGGCUUAAAUCUCGUCAACAACAACGACAAAAGAAACAACAAAGUUUAAACAAUAAAAAUAAUACAACCCAAAAACAAAAACAAGAAAGAGGAAGUUCAAAAUUGGAUGAAGAUUUAAAAGAAAAAGUAUCAGAAUUAACUGAAGAAAUAGGAAUAAAACCUUAUGAUUGGACUUAUUCAACAAAUUAUAAAGGUAAUUCAAAUAUAGACUUUCAACCAACAACCAAGGAAAUUCCAAUAGAUAAAUUAACAAAACCUGAUCCGAUAUUAUUUUUUGAUGAAAUGAUAUUAUUUGAAGAUGAAUUAGCAGAUAAUGGAAUAAGUAUGCUUUCAACAAAGAUAAGAGUUAUGCCAUCAUGUCUUUUAAUAUUAUUAAGAUUUUUUUUAAGAAUUGAUAAUGUUAUAUUUAGAAUUAGAGAUUGUAGAGUUUUCAUUGAUUUUGAAACAAACACGGUUUUAAGAGAAUAUAAAAUUCAAGAAUGUGAUUAUGAUAAAGUUUUAAAGAAAAGUAUUAAUAGUAAUAAUAGUGGAGGGAAUGGAAAUGGUGAUCCUAAAAAGGCAUUAAGAGAUCAAAAUUGGGUUAGUUUGAAUAUACCUACUAUAAAGAGAACAAUAGAAGAGUGUAUACUAUAG